CCGAGCAUGGAGCGCCGGGUAGUCAAGCCACCCGGGCAGGACAUUAUAGUGGAACGUCUCAAAAGCCGGUAUGGCCUGGCGGGAAGCUGCUCCGUGGAGGACGAUGACAUGAGUGGUGUGUGGGCUGCUCUAAUGAAUCAACAGCAUGAGCUUUCAAGGUUUGCUCAGACUAAAUUUAAAAGAAGUCUAACCUCCCCAGAUGGUUUGGAUACCUACUGCUCUGGAGAUAAAAUUGGUUCAUCACUAAGAUGCUACUCUGUUGAAAGGAAGUUUUCUACAGCACCGUUCUGCAGUUCCUUCAAACACGUAAAUGUGAACUGCCUAGAUGAUGAUGGUGCUGAACUGGAUUCUUUUAAUGAUUUAAAGAAAUGGGAAACCAAAGAAGAAUUAAUUGAAGAUGAUUAUAGAGAUGGUGCCUCCAAAAUAAUAAAGCAGUCCUUCAAAGAAACAGAAAAAGAUGCCCUGCUGACUAACAUGGCCUCACCAGGACUUCAGACUGAAUGUUGCAAUGAUUCCAUUGACUCUCCUUUGAAACAUGUCAUUUAUCCAAAAUCCAAAGUGUCAAAGAAGCAAGGUUUGCUUCCACAUCAGAUAAAUCAAAUAUAUGAUGAAUUAUUUCAUAUAUAUAUGAAACUACAGAGUGAAACUUCAGCACAGCAGAAAUUUGCUGAAGAACUUAAAAAACGGGAACGGUUUUUAGCAGAACGAGAACAGCUGCUUUUCAAACAUGAAACUGCCUUGAGUAAAAUUAAAGGUGUUGAAGAAGAGGUUCUGACAAGAUUCCAAAUUCUAAAGGAGCAACACAGUACAGAAGUUGAACACUUAACGGAAGCUCUGAAGGAAAAGAAUAAAGAGAGCAAGAGAAUGAAGUCCUCCUUUGAUACCCUAAGAGAGCUGAAUGAUAACUUAAGAAAACAGCUAAAUGAAGUAAGUGAAGAAAACAGGAAGAUGGAGGUUCAGGCUAAAAGGGUUCAAGCUCGUUUAGAUAACUUACAGAGGAAGUAUGAGUUUAUGACAGUACAGAGACUGAAAGGAUAUUCCCAUGCUGCUCAUGAAAUGAAAAGUUUAAAACAAGAAAAAGCACCAGUUUCAAAACCUUUCAAGAUGACACUCAAUGGACAAGUGUAUGAACUGUUAGUUGUUUUCAUGGACUGGAUAUCAGACCACCAUCUUAGCAAAGUGGAGCUGGAGGAACCUGGUGUGGAUGGUGAAAAGCCAUCACUCAAACCUCCUCAGAGAAGUGACAUUCAAGAGAAAUGUGUGAAGCUUUUGCCUAUGAUGACAGAGCAGCUCCAGUGGAUGCCACUUGUGAACGCUAAACUGCAUGAGCCUUAUGUAAAGUUUAUCUAUUGGUCUCUAAGGCUGCUGGAUUCUGGCACACAGCAUUCAACUAUGACAUCAACGUUGAGGAGAUUGGGUGAAGACAUAUUUAAAGGAGUUACAAUUAAAGGAACUCAGGAUAAUUCUUUAGAGCAUUCUGUAGAGAACAAACCAAAGACAGCAGCAUUCUUCAAGAGCUCCAAUUUAUCGCUGAGAUUUUUAUCAACCUUAAUUGUCCUCAAAACAGUCACUCAAGCGGACUACCUAGCUCAAGCAUUUGAUUCCCUUUGUUUGGACUUGAAGACUGAUGAAGGGAAAACCUUGUUUUUGGAGUACCAAGCUGUUCCAGUAAUACUAAAACACCUGAGAAUAUCCAGUAAAGGACUGUUAUCCAAUGUCAUUGACAGUUUGCUUCAGAUGACGGUAGACUCGAAGGCCCUGCAGCCUUUCUUGGAAGCCUGCAGCAGCUCUUUAUUUUUUCGUACUUGUUCUGUGCUGCUCCGGACCCCUAAACUUGAUCUUCACAUCCUAGAAAAGCUCAGUAUUAUCCUACAGAAGCUUUCCAAAAUCAAGAGUAACAAGAAGCUCUUUGAAGUUUUCACCAUUCACCUGAUGCUUCAGGAAAUACAAAGGACAACACAUCCAGAGCACGCUUUUCUCUGUAUUAACCUAAAUUCAACUCUGUUCAACCUGGGUUUAACAAAAAAUAACUCCCUGGUUUCCAGUAGCAGCCAUUAGAAAAGUGUGUGUAUGUAUGUGUCUGUGUCUGCCUAUGUGUUCAUUAUUUGUCAAAGUAUAAAAAUCACCAAAGGAAGAUUCUAUAAAGUUAUCAACAGCAUCAUUUAUCAUGAAAAAUAUCUAGAAAGAUUUCUCAGCUAUGUAAUUGAGGCCCGUAGAGAGUAGGAUGUUUUAGAGUGUUUCCGUUUAAAGUAGUGCUAAUGACUGUGCAAGGUGACACUUCCGGAACUUCAGGCAUUAGGUUACUUUUAUAAAACAUUUGAAGAAAAGUCUUUCUUGAAAUUAUGUGAUUAUUUGGAAUAUAAUUUGUUCUUAUGUGAAAAUAAACUAAAUUUUUAUAGCAAA